AUGGCAGCGCCGCCCCCACCUCCGAAGGGCGGCGGUCUGUCGCUUUACGCCAACCUGCUCAACCCGAAGGCCGACGCCCAAGCCACCGUAUCCGGUGCGCCGGUAGUUUAUGACAAUGCGAAGAAGGAGGACGCUGCUGUCAAGAAGGAGAUCAAUCAAACCUUGCGAUUUCAGCCAAUACGUCGACCACAAAUACCUCAGAAGAAAGUGGCCAAACCGGCUUUUCCCAAAUCCAUACCGCCAUCAUCCACAGCCCCAGAUAAAGCAAAAUCAAACGACGGCAAUGUCACCAGGGACGCGACCGCGACGCCGCCACCUACCCAGGGAGGGCCUCCUGCCCAGCGCAGCACGCUCGCCGACUGGGCCGCGACCGAGGAGGACGAGUACAUGUACGGCACCGCAGCCACCGAGAAGCGGCAGCGCGGCGGGCGCAAGGCCAAGAAGAAGAAGCAGCAGAAGCAAGGGGACAGCCAGCGCCAGGAGACGGACUGGGACGAGAUCUACGACCCUUCGCGGCCGACAAACGUGGACGAGUACAUGAGGAGCGACGAGCGCAUACGGGAGGUGCAGGAGUGGAAGGCCGUGCUGUAUGCCCACCGUAGGAGGAGGAGAGGGAGCUCCGACAGUGACGAGGACUCGGACGCCGAUGAGAGGCCUGCCAUGGGUAAUCAAUUCGCUCCUCCGGGAGACUACUCCUUUGCACCGCCGCCCAUGUCACCUUCUCGCGCUUCACCAGCUGCUGCCGCUCCCGUGCCAGACGACGCAACAGGUGACGAUGCCUACGCCCGCCGCCUCGCGUUGUCAGGCAUGGCUCCUCCUCCACCACCAUCACCACCACAAGAUGCCGCGACCAUCUCUCGCGGACCCGUCCGCUAUGAAGCCCCUCCUCAGCCAUCCACGCAACAGCAAAGAGACGAUGAUGACGACGACAUGGACGUAGAUAACAUCGACCUCCCGCCCACCGGCCUAGGGGCAGCCAACAACAACACCACCUCCGACCAGCCCAUGUCCGACGCCGAAGCCGCGGGCGACACGUCACGCUCAAGCCGGCCCGGGCAGAAGGGCUUCGCCCAGCGCCUCAUGUCCAAGUCAAGGUGGAAGCGGCGCAAGCGGCCGGACGCCGAGGGCGGCGGCUACGCGGACCCGGCAAACCGGGCACGUAUCAUCGGCGGCAAGACGGCGGCCCCGGCCAAGGGCUCAGACUCAGGCCACGCCGCCGAGGGGGACAACGCGAGCAAGUUCGGCGCCAUGUCCGAGGUGAUCGUGCUGCAGAACAUGCUCGAGAACAUGCCGAGCCUGCAGGAGGAGGUCGAGGACGGGCUGGGGCAGGAGAUCGGCGAGGAGUGCGGCGACAAGUACGGGCGCGUCGAGAGGCUGUACAUCGACGUCGCGGGCCGGCAGGUCUUUAUCAAGUUCACCGACCAGGUGUCCGCGCUGAGGGCAGUCAACGCGCUCGAGGGCCGCGUCUUUAACGGGAACGCCAUCGCCGCGCGCUUCUGGGACACCGAGAAAUUUGAGAAGGGGGAGUACAGUUAG